AUGACUGCAAUCGAAAAGGAAAAUAAAUUCACUCAUCCGUCAGCAGCAGAUGAGAGAAAGAAUAAAAGACGACCAAUCCCACUGGACUACGAAUCCAUCCAGAAGACAAUUGAGUCCACCAUGGACACAGAGAUAGUGGAAGAGCCCGGGAUAUCUCUGAAAAUACCAGAAGUAAGCACUCCAUGCCACGAGAGCACGGAUACAUCGCCAUUCACCUUCAAAGAUACCAAGAGAAUAGACGACCUAAGCGAGAGCAACUACCAGUGCUGCGGUGAGGCACUCCCCACCCUGCACGAUCUUGUAUCGCACUACGAAAAGUCGCACUACAAAUUCAUAUCAAGCGACAAAAAAGACGGGCUGCAGCACGUAAAAUGGCACGGGGGCGACACGCACAACGAAGUAGUGCAGGUGCCCACCGUUGUAUUCAACGACAGCUCAAUGACAUACGACUAUUCGAAGCCCACGGCCUUCUACAACACGAUCCUGCAGUCAGAGUCCCUGGCACUCGGGGUGCUACUGCCCCCUGUGGUCGUAAGAGACUUUGACAUGGACGCAGAGGUGGAAAUGAUGGGGGAGUCGCACUACGAGGACGAAGACAAAAAAAGACCAUUCAAGUGCACGCAUGCAGGAUGCAACAAGAAGUAUACAUCAGCAUACGGGCUGAAGUACCACAUGAGCAAAGGACACACGGGAGGAGGACUGGAGAGCGAGAAGCCAUAUGCUUGCGAUGUGCCGGGCUGUGGAAAGAGAUACAAGAACGCCAACGGGCUGAAGUAUCAUUUUAAUAAUGGGCACUAG